AUGAGCGAUCUGGGGGAGCGGCUGGAGCGACUGGGACUGUCCCAAUACCUCGAAGCAUUCGUCGCCGAAGGCUUUGACACCUGGGAGACUGUACUCGACAUCACAGAGUCAGACUUAAGCUCUCUCAACGUCAAGCUUGGGCAUCGGCGAAAGCUUCAAAGGGCCAUCGCCGACUCGCGGGGACAGUCCGCUGGUCGCCCACUGCCGAUCGCACUGGGUAAGACGGCAAGCGUCGACGGGUCGUAUCGAAGCGACGAUUCGGCGGCGGAGAGCAAAGCGAAGCAGGGCGAAACGCAAGCAGCGGGGGCAGCUGGCACAAGCACGAAACGAAAGUAUCGUCGGCACCCAAGACCGGAUGAGCAUGCGCCCGAGCGGCCUCCAUCCGCUUACGUCAUCUUCUCGAAUCAGGUGAGAGAAACGCUGAAGGGGCAAGACCUGUCCUUCACGGAAAUCGCCAAGGUCGUCGGCGAAAGGUGGCAAGUGCUGCCGGCAGACUCCCGAGAAGCUUGUGAACGCCAGGCAAACGCUGCCAAGGAAAAAUACUACGCUGAAUUGGCUGAGUACAAGAAAACACCGCAAUACGAGUCGUACCAGAAGUAUCUGGAGGAGUUCCGGGCAAAGCAUGCCCCCCCUGCCAAAGUGCAAGAAGGCAAGCGCUCGAAGCUCGAGACUGAGACCAGCACCUCAACUCGCAGUAGCAGUCACGACCAGCCCGACCGCGCCUCAGGCAGGAGAAUCAGUUCGGCGCAGGCGGACGCAGUACCCGGGCGCCCUGGAUCAGAGUCGAGCCCCCCAGCCGGCGUCGCACGGCACCCCUCAGGACCCCUCCUCUCAAAGUCGACCUCGCCAGUUGCGCACCCGCUCUCCGGGUUCCACUCGCCUGGAAUGGGUGAUCACUAUUCCCCGAUUGGCGCUUCUCCACGUUUGGUGACUCUCCAAAAGGAAGGCUCCUACGAAGGCUCUCCGAGCGCUGUAGCACGAGAGAGUCGCGGGGCUUCGGACGCAAGCUCGCGCUACUCCCCCAUCGCAUACGGGCAUCCACCUCCCCAGCCAUCAUCAACUAUGCCUCCUGCCGCCUCCUAUCCCUCCCACUACCAGGCGCCCAUUGAACUUCCUUCACGACGAUCCAUGCGGGAGCCAACGCGGCUCCCUACUCUUACCCAUGAAGAAACGACAUUGUCCUCCGACAGCGGGCAUAGCUAUCACCCGCCCUAUACCGGAAUGCCCUUCCCUGCCAUGGACGCAUCAAAGCACCCGCGCAUGCUUCCGGCGCCGAUUCCCAGCGCAGGAGCAACCCCAUCGCCACUCGACCGGCUUCCCUCCCAAGUCGCCUCCCCCCACCAGACCCAGCCAGAAUUUCGAACAUCGUCUUCACUUGCAGCUUUGCUGAUCGCGGGAGAGUUAGCUAGAGUAGCAGACGACGAGGAAAUGGACAAGGAAGGCUCUCCGUGA